CAGGGACCGAGGUCAUGACGCCUGGGCCCCUGGCAGAGACCAGGAGCAGGUCUGGAACUCUGGCAGAGACAGAGCGGGACACUCCAGUCAAGACCAGACAUGGAUAACAGGCAGGGGAAGAGCCCAAAGCGGCCCGGACCAGGCCUGGAUGCGGUCCGGGAUCGAGGUCCUGAGCAGUGCUGGGCAGCAGGGAGAGACCGGGGCCAGGAUCAGGUCUGGAAUGCAGGCAGAUAUCCAGAAAGAGACCGGGCCUCCUCAGGGCCAGAGCAAGGAUGGGGCACUGGCCAAAGCCAAGACCAAACCUGGAGCAACACAAGCAGAGAUCGAGGACUUGUCUGGAGACCUGACUUGAACAUGAAGAAAGUCCAGAGAGUGGAAAUGGAGCGAAGCCCUCCUGCUAAUAACUUCCAGCAGCCGCCAGAUGGCAGAGACUCUUGUUCAGAUGCAGCCAUUGUUGGAGAGGCGUCGACAGCCCCGCCCAGCGAGGGGCAGAAACCUCCAGUCGUCUCCACCAAGAAGGAGCCGCCUACCUACCCUCCAGGAAGUCAAGAGGAGCGGUGGCAGCUCCAGAUUGUGGCCAAAGGCAGAGUCACCUGUCCAAAAUGUAAAAGUGUGAGCAGGAAGACUGUGGAGGGGCUGAAGAAACACAUGGAGAACUGCAGACUGCAACCCUUUACCUGUCAACACUGUGGGAAACAGCUGAAGUCCUCAACAGGGAUGAAGUAUCACAUCAUGGCUGACCACAGCCACCUGCCUUCAGCAGACAAUGCAGAGGACCUCGAUGACCGUGCCAUCAAAGACAAACUGCGUAAAAUCCUGAAGAGACUGGGCAAAUUAAAAUGCUCCAAAGAGGGCUGUAGCGCCGCCUUCACCAGCAUCAUGGGCUACGUGUACCACAUGAAGAAGUGUGGAAAGGAGGAGUCGGAGCUGGAGAAGAUGCUGUUGAAUUGCUCUCACUGUGGGAAAACGUACAAGUCCAAGGCUGGUCUGGAGUACCAUCUGAAAUCAGAGCAUGCACCCACACCGCAGAAGACUGAGGAAGAUGAGGCCCUGAAGGCCCAGAGGGAGGCCAACCCAGAGAGGACGGCCAGCGGCAGGGUGCAGCGCGCCUCGGCCCAGGUGGCGAACUUCCACCUGGCUGAGAUUGCCAACAAUGAACUGCCCAAAGACUGGCCCAAGAGGAAGUUUCAGUCGGACCUGGUGCCGGAUGACAAAAAGUUGAAAUACGCUCGGCCAGGCCUCCCUGCCUUCAGUCAGGAGGUGCUGAGAAAGUGGAAGAAUGAGGUGAAGCUGCAGAGGAAGGUCCAGUGUCCCAACCAGGGCUGCUGCUGCACCUACACCAGCGUGUCUGGGCUAAAGGCUCAUCUAGGACUCUGCACAAGGGGUGACUUUGAGGCUGGAAAAUACAGAUGUCUGAUCUGCAAUAAAGAGUUUAACUCUGAGAGUGGAGUGAAAUACCACAUCAACUCUGUCCAUUCACAGGACUGGUUUGUGACGAACAAAAAGGCCUCCAAGAAGUUUGAGAAAUUCCUCAAAAAUCAGCCCAAGGCGUUUGCCCAUAAUACAAACAAGCAGAGUGUGGAUCAGUAUCAUCAUCACCACCUCCUGCAUCAGCAGCAUCACCACCACCACCACCCCCAUCAACAACAGCAUCAGCUCCAGCACCAGCCCCUGCAGCACCCUCUGCAGCCUCUGCAUCAUCUCCAGCACCAAACCCAGCUCCUCCACCCAGAGCACCAGCACCUCCCUCCACAGGUGGACACCCAGCUCCAGCAGCCAGUGCUCCACUACACCCCUCUGGAGCCUCCUGUGGGGCCACUGUGGGUGGAUAUGGACCAGAGAGGAGACAUGCCAGGAUCAGAGCAGACCCCGAUCGAGAUGGGAACGGGUGAUGCUGAGAAACCUGGAGCGGACGGCAGUGGGCUGGUGGAGGUUAAAAGGAGAGAAAAGGGGGAGAGAGGAGCAGAGAGAGGAAAGGCUGAUGGGAAGCAGAAGGACUGCUUUGCUUUUGGCAGCGCUAGUGGUAGCAGCAGCAGCAACAGUAAUACUGGCAGCUCAUGCAGCGAAUCAGAGGUGGAGCAGCAGGACAGGCAGAGACAGAUCGACCAGUGGAAUCUGAAAAGGCCGGGCAUCAUGGAGCCCCACCCUGAGGCCGGGAAGUGACAGAGGAACACUUAAAGGACCAUUAAAGUGACACUUUUCUUAACACUCGUCAUCUGUACUCAUGCACCAGAGCCGAGAGGCAGAAACGGAGCCUGUCGGGGUCCGUCCACACAUCAUUAGUUGUGACAGUGUCACAUAGAAGAAAACAAAGAUUUUGUUUUUCCACAAGACACAAAGGUAAGAAGGCAGCUCCUGAUGUUCUGACAAAGCUAAGAAAACCUCACAUAGUCGUGCGGAUAUGAGUCGUACACUUCUGGUUUAGGGGCUGUUUCUCUGUUCUGAAAUGGUUGUCAGUGUAUAGCCCUGAGAAAUGUCGUUCUGCCGUUCAUCUGUGUGUCUGUAAUGGGUUCUUUUCACUGACUUUAAACGUCUUAUUCUUUUAAAGAGUUUGAUAAACACUUCACGUCUGUCAUGUUUACCCUAAAGGUUGAAAGGUACUCCAACCUCCAGAGAGGAUGCUACAGUAUAGUAUUUGAUUACACUUGUCUGAAAACAUUUCAUGCCUCUUAAGUAUGAUUUAUGUUACUUCAUACUUCUGUCGUCACUUUUAAUUACAACUGAUUGACCUUUUUGGGGCUAAAUAUGGUCUGAAAUAUCAGUUUUCUGGUCAAAUUCCCUGGCUUGGAUUUCCUUCCUGUACCAUACGUUGAUUAGUGAGAUUUUGACUAGAUUCGGUUUAAAGCCAUAUAUUGACAGCGGUCCAUGACUGACAUCGGGCUGCUGUUCUUGAAGCAAGUCUGAAGGCAACUGUGGUUACAUAAGAGGAUCUGUUUGCAUCUGUGCCGUGGCUCCGUGCAGGUACAGGUGUUUUAAACAAGCAAGUCACAUGUGAAAGGCAAAAAGGUUCAUAAACAUGGUUCAACACGUUGUUUCUGAAAGUGAAUUGAGAAGAUCAAUACCGCUCUUUGUUAAUUAGUUAGAGGUGUUGGUAGGGGGUAGGUUUGUACAUUGUACUGCUAAGCAAGCUAAGCUAAUCAAAUAAUUCCCUGAUCUAGCCCUGUCCUUUCCACUCAGUGGUAUGAAACUUCUGUCUAAAUCUUGGAAGGAAAGAAAAUCAGUUUACUUGUUGUGGAGGAACUUUUCCCUGGGCCAGCGAGGAAUUCAGCAAUGGACUGGUUUCCACUGAUACACAAAUAAAACAUUUUAACUAAAGGUCCACUUAGUAGCUUUUUCCCAAGCUUUUAACCACAUUGGUCUUCCUCAGCAGAUGGAGUUUACUCUGUUGUCACUGUGUCGUUGACACUUGAUAAUAAAUGAGCAACCCUCACAUGACAGCUUUGCAAACUCAGAAAGACUGAAAGCUCUGGAAAAGCUAGUCAGUAGACCUUUAAUCAAGAUGUUUUUGUCAACAUGCUCUUUCCAUGUUAAGGAUGGACCUCAGUGCUUUUUAAUCAAAACAUUCCAAGUAGGACAAUUGUGAAGUGAAUAAAUCUAAAAUCAGUGGGCAGGGACAGAAAUACAAUAAUUCUUAGUGGCUAAUCACAAAACACUGGCCAAUUAAUUAGAAUGUCAGCGCACGUAUGAUGACAUGAACGAACCUGUGGUGACUGAGCAUCGAUGUUGGUGCAGGCAAGUGGUCAGACUGGGAGAUGGCUGAUGAACAGAACCGCAGCAUCCUCUGCACACAGACUGUAACACAGGUGACAGGUGCUGGAGGAAAGCUAACAAGCUUCUUACAUGGAGGAAGAUGUUUGUCUUCUCUGUUGAUUCUUCAGAGACAGACCUGUUUGGCCAGUCUCACAGAAUAUUUAACCAGUAGCUAAUGUUUAUGUAGUCUGCAUUUUGAAUCCACUAAAGGGAUGUAUGUUAUGGAUGGUUGUUAGUCAUUUGUAAAAUGUUUAAACACUAUUUUGCAUAUUUUUUUUACAACUUUUUUUUUUGCAUUUAUGACUAAUUUGGUUAUUGGUUUCCCCUUUUUAGUGGACUUCUGUCAAGACAGGAUUGGUCAGAAAAAAAUUAACCCUUUAAUCUGUGAAUCUCUUUAUAACAAACUAUGAAAAAAUAUUUCUGCUUCUGUUUAAAGUGCUUUACCUUUCAUUGCUGCCCAUCAGCUGUCUUUUGGAAGAACAGCCUGUGUUUUUAGAGAUGGAAAACAUCCUCAUACAUGGGAAGCGUUUCAAAGGGCGUGCUUUUAUAUCGUUGAACGUGGAGAACAGGCAUUGCUCUUUUUAUUCAUUCCCACUUGCUGAUAUCUGUCAUCUUUACUUGAAGUCUAGUGUUAAGCCUGAAAACGCCUUUGUUUUGGGUCCAAGCACCUACAGUGUUAGAACCAAGGAACCAGGGAGUCGAAUACUGGGUCACAAAAUGGGGCCCAUUCUUCCCAGUAAAAGUGGCUCACUGGGCGUGCACGCCAAAAAAGAUUUCAUAAUACAAAGAGUGAUAAGAUAGUUUUACAGAUGUAUCUUAUUCUUGUGGUCUAUGGAAAAUGCUUUUUGGGCUUGGGGGGACUUUUUUGUUGCAGAGUUGCAAGUGGCCACUGGGAAAAAGUGGUUGAGAACGUCUGAGUGGCGGCGCCGUAUCCAGCUGUCAUAACACAUCCACGUCCAGUGUUUGUUCUGGAUUUAAUCCACUGAUGAAAGUGGUCCUUCAAGGCUGGAGAAAUCCAUUUGUCAAGAGAUGUACAUUAAACCAGUAGUUUAUACUGGAUGUAUAUAGCCGUUCUCUUGGCUUCUCAGUUGAGCUUUGAUUUCCAAAUUAUGUAGGUGCUUGGACCACAGUGAGCUUUUUGUUAUAUUUUAGUUUUACCUUUCAUUUACCCGGGAUGGACUGUUGAGAGUUCAAGAGU